AUGCCUCCAAAGCAGUGGGACGACGAGGAAGAGGGAUCCAGCGACGACUCCUCUUCUCCCCAGCCAGUUGGCGCUAUCCGUCGCAACAAAUUCGAUGACGAGGAGGAUGAUGAAGGAGAUGUACUAGACUCGUGGGACGCUGCCGAGGACUCCGAGGUCGAGCGCGAAAAGGCAAAGAAGGCUGCCGAAGCAAAGGCCAAGGCCGAAGCCGAAGCCGCCGCCAAAAAGAAGAGCAAGACCCAGCGCAUCGCAGAACACCAGGCCGAGCGGGCUCGCCGCGAAGCCGAGGAUGAGGAGUCCGAAGAAGAGGAGUCGGAAUCACAGCGUCGUGAACGUCUGAGACAAACCGAGAAGGAGUCCGAUAUGAAGCACGCCGAGGACCUGUUUGGUGAUGCCGGCAUCAGCCUGAAUGUCGGUCGUAAAGCUACCACUGCCGGCUCUGCCGUGGCUGUCGACUCGCGCGACCCGACCAAGACCGUCAACCUCGCCACCCUGCCUCUCUUCAACCCUCAGACCAAGACCCAGUUCGAGAACCUGCGCAAUACGCUGGUCCCCAUCAUCGGCGCCAAUCACAAGAAGGCACAUUAUUCGUUGUUCCUGCAGGAAUUCGCCAAGCAACUCGCCAAAGACCUGCCCAGCGACCAGAUCAAGAAGAUCUCCAGCACGCUCACGGCCCUGGGCAACGAGAAGAUGAAGGAGGAGAAGGCCUCCGAUAAGGGCGGCAAGAAGACGAAGGCACAGAAGACUAAGACGCAGCUGGUGACAAACCGGGCUAACACGGCCGACGUGGCUACCUACGAGGAAGAGUUUGGAGAUGACGAUUUUAUGUGAGGAGCUUCCAACAGAUUGUUCCUCCAGAGCCCUUGUGGCAUCGUGUCGUAAAUGUCUUUACGACAGGCCCUCUCCAUGGCAAAGAAAAAAAAAGGUUCUUCCUGGUUGCGGUUUGUACGGAGCUAUCGCCCAUGUCCCACACCUUAU